UUUCAGUUCGGUCAAGAUCGGGAUGCUUGGUGAACUAAACUGGGCCCGGUAAUUUGCCGUGCCUCGGGGGAUUUUCAACAAGUGUGAGUGCCCCGGCCUCCGAAAUCGAAGCGGCUCAGGUCCCCCAAGAGCUUACCUAGCACCCUGGAUACUGUAGACAGCCGGUACCUGAGUGAUCUCAGCGAGCAAACCCCAUCCCACCAAUUGGUGGCUCUGUCAACCCCAAUCCGCAUAAUUUAUCAAUACUCACUCUCGUGUGCUCCCCCACCAAGCAACCCAUCAACAUCCUGCACACAAUGGAGCUGGCGAACAUGAGUCGUUUCGCUGCUCGAAGCGCGAGAAAAGUGCACUCGGUCCGAUACUACAGCAUCGUCCACGAUGUCCCUCGAGGAGGACCUAGCCUGGGUCAGGCCCCUCCCCCACCACAAGCACAAGGACAGUCCGUCUUCGAUCAAGCAGUAAAUGCCUUGGGCCCUCGCAACAACUGGACCAAGGAGGAGAUCUCUCAGAUACACCAGAAGCCGCUCAUGGAGCUGGCUUUCGCUGCGGGCACUGUCCACCGCCGCUUCCACAAACCCUCGGCCGUCCAGCUAUGUACGUUGAUGAACAUCAAGACCGGCGGUUGCACGGAAGACUGCUCUUACUGCGCACAAUCAUCCCGCUACAAGACAAACCUGACCGCCACCAAACUCUCCAACGUCGAAUCGGUCAUUGAGGCCGCAAAGGUUGCUAAGGCGAACGGGUCCAACCGCUUCUGUAUGGGCGCCGCAUGGCGAGACAUGCGAGGACGCAAAAGGGGAUUGAAGAAUAUUGUCGAAAUGAUCAAGGGAGUACGGGGCCUAGGCAUGGAAGCAUGUGUGACCUUGGGUAUGGUGGACAAGGAGCAAGCAAAGGAACUGAAGGAAGCUGGUCUUACAGCUUACAACCACAACCUCGACACUUCACGCGAACACUACCCUAAUGUCAUCACUACGAGAAGCUACGACGAACGAUUGCAGACUCUCGAGAACGUCCGUGAAGCCGGUAUCCACGUAUGCAGCGGUGGCAUCCUGGGUUUGGGCGAAACUCCCCAGACGGACCAUGUCGGGUUGAUUUAUACAUUAGCAACACUCCCCGCACACCCUGAAUCUUUCCCCGUCAACAAACUUGUGCCGAUUAAGGGGACGCCUAUGUUUGGACAGGACCCAGUCAAGCUGGAGGACAUGGUUCGUUGUAUCGCAACCGCCCGUCUGGUGAUGCCGACGACCAUCAUCCGCAUUGCGGCCGGCAGAGUUACCAUGCCUGAGAGCGAGCAAAUGCUUUGCUUCAUGGCAGGUGCCAAUGCUAUCUUCACCGGAGAAAAGAUGUUGACCACGGAUUGCAAUGGCUGGGACCAGGAUAAGGACAUGUUCAACCGAUGGGGCCUUUCUCCCAUGCAGACAGAAGCCAGCCGCGUUGUUGCAGAGCCCAAGUUCGAGGCUCAAAGCUUCGCUCAUAUGCGGGGAGAGAACGAGUCGGCGCCUCAAUCUCAAGCAUAGAAUUUAGAGAUAGAUAAAAAGGUAUAAUGAUCAUACAAUGGAUGACACAAAAC